AUGUCGCGAAAACAAGAACAGACACAUAGCGCUUCCUUCAGCAGUAAUCAUGUGGUGGGUCUCCUAUUAGAUUUUAUAGGUCGAGAAGUAACCGUAGAAACUCGAGAUGGUAGUAAGUACGAAGGCAUAUUCACAGCGUCUCAUCCUGAUUUAGAUAUAGGUCUGUCGCAGGUUCAUAGGGUUGAACCAGACAAGUUGCUUCCACAUAAAGAUGACGUCAUUGAAAAGAUGAUAUUUCAUUAUGGUGACUAUCUUUGUUUUUCUGCAGUUUUACAGGAUGAGAAGCCAAAAAUGAAAGGUUUUGCUACUGAUCGUGAGUACCAAGCGCGCCGAUCAACUGCUGAAGACGGAUAUGCAGAAUCUACAUUUGAGCCGUGGGACGAAGAUGGGGCUGGUGAGAUUGAUGAGACCAAAACUGACGAUCUUACUAAUGGUGGUUGGUCAGCGGAUGAUAUGUUCCAUGUGAACAAAGCACUUGGUGUUGAAAGCACUUACGUGGAGAAUAUGAGCCAGUAUACAAACACACCUGUGGUUGAAAAAGAUAGUGAAGAUCGUAUUCGUGCGGAGAAGAUUGCCCGGGAAAUUGAGCAAGACCGUUCCAGUAGAGCGCAUGCGUUACUGGAAAAUGAUGAUGAGGAACGAGAUUUAGAUAAGCCAUCUGUGGAAUAUCAAGUGCAGAAUCAUCGUCGUAACGUACCUAUCAGCCGCCCAUCUUGUGGCAGUAACUCUAGGGGAGGAUCGGCGAGUAAUCUCACAUCCAGUCGCAAUAAUCUUCAGAGUGGAAGGCGUAGUGAUGUUUCUAUGAAUUCUGGUAGGGGAGGCAAGCGUGAACGCUUCCCAGAUACAGAGGGUAACACCAAGCGUGAGCGCUUUCCUGAUUCAAAGACAAGAGGUGGGACUGUGAUUUUCUUGGUUUUGACAGUAGAGGUGGAUCGUAUGGAUCGGGCGGCUCAAGGUCAUUUACCAAUUCAGCUUUAUCUCAUGGAGGAAAGGGCACCGGAAGCUCAUUGCCAUCUAGUAACUACACUCGUUACCAAGGUCCGACGGAGAGACCCAGCGCUCAGAUGGUUCAUAAUGAAUUUUCGCAAGUAUAAGAUUAUGAUUUUUACGAUAUUUUAUGAUGUGUGUAUGGACAUUUUAAUUUUUCAUUCUCCAACACGAUCUGUAAUAGCGCAAAGCACCCGGGCUGGCUAG